GCGCCGCCCCCGCCCGGAGCCGCGGGAGGAGCCGCCAAGAACGGAGCGGUGCCGGAGUCGGCGGGAGGGGUGCAGCAGCCCCAGACGGGCGCCACGGCCGGCCAGAGAACCGCCCAGACGGCAGCCGAAGGCUCCUCCUCGGGCAGUAACGGCAGCGGCGGCGGCGGCUCGGCCGUCUCGCCCGCCGCGCCGGCCGCUCCGCAGGGCGGCGGCGCCGACACCUCCGACCUGGAGCGUCUGAAGGCGAUGAGGGCGGCCAUCACGGCCACAGAGGGCUGGUCCAGCAGUCAGGUCAACCAGGACAGUGUGUGGGAUAUGCCGGCCAGCCCGGAGCCGGCCGAUAAGGAACCGCCGGGCACGAUGGUCGCCUGGAAACUGCCAGGAGUGAACAACGGUCUGGAAGUGUGGCAAAUGUCCACCCGUAACGGCGGAGCUCCGCCCGUGAAGCCGCCAGAAACCCAGUGGCCGCACCAUAUCCCCCAGUCCAACAUAGGAGGGACCUGGGGAGAGGAUGACGACUCGCAGCCGGGCGGUAUGUGGACGGGCGCCCCUGCCGGUCCGCCCACUGGACAAUGGGGCGGCGCCACGGGCGGGGGCGGAGGAGGCGGCGGCGGAGCAGCGGCUCUGUGGGCGGCCGGCGCCCGGAAGGAUGACUGGGGAGGUGGCAAGCCGUGGGACGCGCGCGGACCCGCGCCCAACGGAGACGGAUGGGGCAGCAAGCCUCCGUCUCAGUGGGGCGGUCCGCCACAGCACGGUCCCGGCCAGUGGGGCGACGAACGGUCACCGCCGAUGGCCCGGCGAUCCAUGGGAUUCGACGACUGGGGCAACAAGCGCGGCGGAGGCGGCGGCGGCUGGAAAGACGCCGGUCCCGUGCGUCCUGUCCUCCCGGGCGGCCCGCCCGCGCCCCUACACAUGCUCUCACGGAUGCCGCCCGACCACAAGGGUGUCGACCCGUGGGGCCGACCGCCGCGCGGCGGCUGGGGCGAGCCCGCGCCCGGCCCGGCCGGCUGGGGCGCCGAGGAAAAGUGGGGAGGCGACGGGCCCGGAGGAUGGGGUAAACCCAAGACGCCCACCACGCCAGUAAUGCCCGGAGCCUGGGGAGAGCCCGAGAUGGACUGGGCGGCCAAGGGCCGCGGACCCGCCGGCGGCAUGGGACACGCCAAGAACCCAAUGUACGACAAGGCCCGCAUGGGAGACCACGGAUUCAAGCAUGACGACGUGGACCCGAUGAUGCGCAACAACAUGAUGCUGACGCUGGAGGACGCCGUGGACCAGCUGCGGAUGGGAGGCGGCGCCGGAGGAGCCGGGGGCCCGGGCGGGCCCGCAGGGGACUGGCGCACUCCGGACCAUCCGCCGUUCGAGCCGGCCGGCUUCUCUCAGAUGCCGCCGCCGCACGCGCCCUAUGGUGGUGUUCAGCUGCCCGCUGCUGGGGCUCCAGCCGCCGGUAACAUCAACCCGGCCGUAGUACAGCAGCUGCUCCGUCAGCAGGCGCAGGGCGGCCAGCCGUCCCGGUUCCCCGGCCAGCCUCCCCAGCCGUCCCCACAGCAGCUGCGGCCGCUCAUCAACCAGAUCCAGAUGGCCGUGCACGCGGGACACCUGAACCCGGCCAUACUGCAGCAGCCGAUGGCGCCGCAGACGCUGGUGCUGCUCAACCAUCUGCUCAGCCAGAUCAAGCACCUGGACCAGCUGAGUCGUCAGGUUCACCUGGCCCGCGGCCACCCCAACAACUCGCCCCACCUGCACAGUCUGCAGAUGGAGAUGAUGAGAAUAAAAAACAACAUCUCCAAUAUACAGGCCCAGAUAUCCAGCCAGCAGACGAUGCUACUCAAGCAGCAGCAGCAGCCGCCUCCUGCGCCGGCGCCGAUGGCGGCCGCGGCGGCCGGCGGCGGACAGCUCCUCUACAAGGGACCGGGCGGCGGCGGAGCGCCCGAUCUGCACGGACUACCAGCUAAUCUGGGAGAGCUGAGCAUUCGCGACGGCGGCGUGGCGGCCGGACACAUGCCGCAGAGCCGCCUGAGCCAGUGGAAACUGCCGACCGCCGAUAAGCUGCUGCGUGGUGACGAGGAUUUCUCUCGCGCGCCGGGCUCCGCCAGCAAGGCGGGCGGCUCUCCGCCCAUGACCCUGAUGGCCGAGAGUGCCUGGUCUGCCAGCCGCGGCGGUAGGGACGGCGGCUGGCCGGACGGGUCGGCGGGCCGCGGCGGCGGCGCGCCCUCCACACCGGCCUCGGACAGACAGGACAGCAAGGACGGCUGGCCGGAGAGCGCCGGGGGAGCCGGAGGGCACAGCUAUGCCGACCUGGUGCCCGAGUUUGAGCCGGGAAAACCGUGGAAGAUGAAGUCCGCGGACGACGACCCGACUCUAACGCCGGGCGCUGCGGCACGCUCGCCGCUGGGACUGGCCGGAGCGGCCGGAUCCAGCCAGGACCUGCUGGCCAUGCAGACCGGCAAGGCGUCGCCGACCGCCACCACGGCAGACGGAUUUGGCAGCUCCACCUGGAGCUUUAAUCCCAACGGCGGCAAGCCGGGCAUGUCGGCCGGCGGCGGUGGCGGCGGCGCCGACUGGGGCGUCAAGUCUCGCGGUCCGCCGCCAGGCCUGAACAAAACGGGCGGCUGGGGCGGCGGCCAGGCCGGCGGAGCUCUGGGCCGGCCCGGGGGACCGUACGACCAACGCUCGGCGUUUGCCCAGGUCCAGGGCGGCAGCUACAGUGGCGGUGGAGGCGGAGGAUCGGCCUGGCUGCUGCUGAGGAACCUGACCGCGCAGAUUGACGGCUCGACGCUGAAGACUCUGUGUAUGCAGCACGGUCCUCUGUACACGUUCCACAUGUAUCUGAGCCAGGGCGUGGCGCUCGUCAAGUACAGCUCUCGCGAGGAGGCCGCCAAGGCCCAGGGCGCGCUCAACAACUGCGUGCUCAGUAACACCACCAUCCUGGCUGAGGCUGUCUCCGACGAGGCGGCCGGUCAGGUCCUCCAGCAGCUGGGCCUUCCCGGCGGCGGCGGCGGAGGUGGUCAGCCCCCGUCCAACCCUGCCAGUUCGACCGCCAGCCAGGGCGCGGCUACAGGAGGCCAGAGCGGGUCCAAACCGCCCGCAUCGGCCGCCUGGAGUGAUAUGACGGACGCUAUUGGCGGCGGCGGCGCCAGCAUGGCUUGGAGCAGCAGCUCGGCCGCCGGGAACAGCUCCCUGUGGGCCGCCUCCGGAGGUCUGGAGGAGCCCGGUCGCGGACCCUUCCUGCCCGACGGACUGCUCUAGAUGAGCUGCGGAACGCCCCUGAGGAACCCCGGGACCGGUGAGGAUCCCUGGGAUCCGUGAGGAUCCCUGAGGGUCGGAGGAACCGGGGUGUUCUCAGGGAUGCAGUUCCUCGAGGGAAACUUCUGACAAAUGGACUCAUCUCAAAGAAGAUCAAAGACAAGACAUGCCAUGAACUCGUCACUUGUGACAUUAUCUUGACCGGAGGAGUAUUAAAAAGAUCAGUUAUGCCAAACGCUGAUGAGGAGAACUUACGAGCUGCGUUUGAGGUUUAACCUGGCAGCCCUAGUGGUCUGAUACGCCAAAUCAGGACAAACUUGAAAGAGGAGAGUCACUGUUACAAAUGCGUCGAGUUGACGCGUAUGUGAGUGGUUAAGCCGGCCAAGCUGAUCCAGUUCGGUGCGCAGUUGCGUAGCUGUGAGUCAGCUGUGCUACCACCUUGCUACAUGCUACUGUUGCUGCUAUAUGAAGCCAGAUGAGCGGCCCUGCCGCGAGCUUUGCUACAAGGCUGAGACGAGACGACUAUAGCGUUUAAGGUAUGUGUUCAGAGUAGGAUUAAGUCCACCGCGUGGCCCGGCCGACAGAGGCCGGUCUCCAUAAGUUUUAGUGGCGGUGGAAAUCGCUCAUGACCAAUCAGGCUUCUCUUUCGACGCAUGCGCCCUGUGAUUUGAUCGUGUCCGUGAUUUCGACCGAGUAGUAUCGGUCUGUGAGGGUUAUUUUGGUCAUAUCAGCGCCUGGGCGCUAACGGAGCUCAUCGGGCCGUCGCGGGUUCGAAUCCGGCUGGUGGUAGAAGUUUUUGCGGUGAUGGUGCGCUCAUGCGGCCUUCCGAGCGCGCUUAGGUGUCCCCAGGUGGAGCUGUAGGCCCGCCAAGUGUUAGUGCCAGUGCUUCGUCGGCAGCUUCCCGCUCCCCCCUUUCCCUCCCCCUUCCCGCCCCGCCACGCCCCGCCUGAGCCGAGGUCCCUGAGCGAGUCCGGUGGGCCGCCGCCGCCGCCGCCGCGCGCCGGCCCCGUCGUGUGAUAUUAGCGUGUAAGGAGCGGCAGAGUCUGCCCGUCUUGCCCGGGACCGGCUGUGUCGUUCAAACUCUUCCGCCGGUCGACCCCACGCCAAAGACGCGGUCACCGGUGACGAUAGAGGGAGAGAGCGAGUGAGAGAGAGUGCGAGAGAGCGAGUGAGUGCGGGAGUGAAGCGACCGUGUCGCGCAGAGUACAAACAAACAGUCAUUCAGGGCGCGGGCGCGCCGCCAGUGCCAUCUCUUGGACCAAUCCGCAACUGUUGCUAUAGGUGGCGCCACAAGCAGUCGGAGACGCUUUAACCGAUCUUUUCUCAGGCACAGUGGGGGAGUUUCUUGCAGAAUGUGGCGGUGCCGUCUGGGCCAGUGCAAUAGUCAGGGCAGGGCGGCGCGAGCGGCGGGGAGGACCCGCCCCCGCCCCCGCCCCCGCCCGGGCGGCGCCGGGGCAGCGGACCUCAGUGGCUCAAGGAGCCAUCUUCCUAUCUAGGUUAAGUUUGGGAGGCGCGGCGGUUCGAACCCGGGAAGGAGGGGGAUAGUAGGCACCCGGCGGGACAGACUCUGAUUUGAUUACCUUGCGUUGCGGAAUUUGUCUUUCUAUUCAAAAGUUGUACGGGUUUUCUACAAGCUUUUUUAUCAUUCAGGAUCUGAAAAUUCGUUUCCUUUCUUAUCUGUCGCUUUGUCUUUCAUCGAGUUAGCUCAAUCAUGCUCCAAAAAUGUCUUCACUUGUCAUUGUGUCCUACCUGUUUCUACAUAUAUCUCAGCCACGUCUUUCAUCUCGCUCAUUGUUAUUCUCAACAGUAUUCGUUUCUUCAUGUUCCUGCACACUGCACACUUUUCUUCUUUUCUUUAAGAGUUAACUCUUUGAAGUUUUUCUGAGAAAUCAGUAUAAAUCUCGUCGUCACUCUUUUUGUUCCUCUGUUUCUUUUUUUCUUUUCCCGUGUCAGAGCUUGUGUCUGCCGGGCCGCCUAGUCCGUGCGGUAUCGAACGCCGCGUCUCAUCUGGGGGUUCGGCGACGUGGCGAGCGGUGCGCGACGGCCUACCAGACGGCUUCGAGACCCCGGGUACCCCUGACCCUGACCCCCUGGUCCCCCCCUCCUCCCCCGUCCCGCUGCUACGUGGCGAAAUACCCUGGUCCAUAAACCAAGCACGAUCGUCUCGCUCCAGUGAUUAUUUAGUUAUAAGAUGCGUCAACCAUGGCAUUUUGAUCUAGCCCCAGCAGAAUCUCUAUGGGUUGUUGUAUUAUGUGCUUGUGUAUGUGCUUGUGGUCCGUUCGUCUUGUUAAUUUGCCUGCCGUUGGCUAAACUUUCCCCGCUUCUGAUUCCCUGCCAUGGGCGUCUGCCUAGUUCUUUUUUCCUACCAUGCUACAAUGGUAGCCGGUUUUUUUCUGAUUAUCUGCCAAUGCUUGCAGCAGAGUUUCCUCAAUGGUAGAGCUCCGUGUGCUGUGCUCGCGGUAGUGUAUAAUCUACUGACAUCGACUGCGCGGAGGAUCCCUUUCUCGGGUGGCCCGAGGCUGUAUUGCUGUUUUUCAGCUGAGCAUCAAACAGAGCUGACUAUAUGUGUGUAACGAGACGCCAAUUUGCCGCGAAAAUUAUGUCCCGUGCUGAUUUUAUGUCGUGUGUUUUGCCCGCUGUAUGUAUGUUUGUUUGUUGGUGUGUGUCGCGCUCCGCGAUGUUUGGUGACUCCGUGUAGGGAGAGUUCAUGUGGUAUUGGGUAGUGACCCGCGCCGUUACCGACCAUUCGACCGAGCUGUGUCGUCUUCGUCAGUCGGCGGCGGGUCUUCGAGUCUUUGUAGCCACCGCGGCCUCCCCCGCUUGCCUCCCUCCAGUUUCUGUUGCCUUGCGUCGCGUGUGCGCGCGGCAGGCCUUCCUAUUGGCUCAGAGUCGGAGUGCGAGUCUGUGAUUGGCCGACGCGGUUAGCGUGGCUGCCUGUGAUUGGUCGCAUCGCCUCGAGCGAGCUUCCCGCCCAGUACAAACCCUUACUUAAGCGUGACGCCAAGUGGUGUUUUUGGAAGUAAUCGAAAAGCUACAAAUCUCAAAACAAAAGUAUAAACGCCCAAAUUCUGUUCUCCUGGCGGGAGCGGCUCGCAGGGUAGUCUCAAUUGUAUCCAGUGAUGUGAAAAACGUGCGUUUGUGUGUGAGGGUGCGCUCCCCGCGGAUAACUGUGCACGGUUUUCGGUCGUGCAACCGCGGUCAAUGCGCAUUCAGGUGGGGUCGCGCGCCGUCCCGCCAGUUGCCAUGGCAACUGGCGCGGACUGUAAGCCAAAAGCGCGCCAGCGGUUGUCGCCCUUGGCCCAAACCUAGCCGUUUGUAUGUGCGUCUGCGGCACCGUUCGAGAGUGAGAGAAUGACCUUUGUGAUAUGGCUUAGUCUCUGCAGGUGGCGUACUGUACGCCGGUCGUGUUACGAUAUGUGACGCCAUGUGACGAUAUGUGACACUCUGUGACGGUGAUCAGGGGUGCGUCGGGGGCGCGCGGUCGCGAAGGUCAGCCCGAGCCAGGUCAUGUGACUCGGAGGUCAUCCCGAGCCAGGUCAUGUAGCUCGAGAUCGCUCCAAAACACCGCUGGAAAACGUCUGACCGCCGCGCCGCAACCCCCCGACGCCGCUCUCUCAAAUGUGAAAAUGACCACAGAAAACCACUAAAAAUGCUAGGUUAAGGUUUUAGACUAAGUAUUGUACGCCGAGCGCGUCGCCGUAGAGAUGUGUUCUUCUAUGCAGGUCUAGGUGUUGGGUAGUGGUUGUACCGUCGCGGCGCUGAUCUAUGUAGAGCAAGAGAGAGAGGGGAGAGCGCGGGCCGAGUGCGCGUGGCGAGUCUGGUACAAACCUGUGGUGCCUCUCCCUCUCUGCCUCCUCUAUCCGCACGCGCGCCCGGUUAGGCGGGGCUCGAGUCGCCCCCGCAAUACUCAGUGCGGCCGGCGCGGCAAGUUAUAGUUGGCCGUGCGCUCGCUAGGUGGCACUAGUCACGCGCCGCCCUUGGUGUCGGUGCGCGUGAUGGCAUUCCCUCCCCGAUCGGACAAGGGUGACAGAUAGGGCGGUCCGUUUUUAAAGGAACGAGGUCUCUUUUUAUCCGAGCCGCGCCGGUAUCAAUAUCAGUAUGCAUAUAAUAAUACACCGUUGUCGUAAGUG